AUGGAGCUCGACCCGGCCGCCCUGAUCGAGCGGCUGGCCGAGCUUGAUCGCGUCCUUGACAACCAAAGCACUGCUGCGCGGCAGUACGUCUCCCAGCGCAACCGGGCAGCAGGCGAUGCCGUGCGCGCCGAGAAGGACAUGCGCCGCCGCCGCGAUGUCGCCCGCUCGGGUGUCAGGCCAGCAGAUGCCGCCGAGAUGGCUGAGCUGUCCGCGAUCCUGCGAGACGCGCACCGCGCGACGUCGCCGCCGUGGGAGUCGCCCUCGUGGUUCAAGCUUUUCCGCCGCGUGGACGUGAAUGGGUCUGGCCUGAUCUCUUUUGACGAGUUUGCAAAGAUGGUGCGGAGCCUGCUGAAGCUCCCAACGUCCCUGCUCUCCGAGUCGCGCCUCGAGGCGCUCUGGCUCGCCCUCGACGCGGACGGCUCCGGCUUGAUCAGUAGCGGCGAGUUUGGAAAGCUCAUGCGCAUCGGAGCGCCGACGCCGGACUCUGCAUCGGCAUCAAGGCAUUUUGUGUACGGGCGCAACCGGGCAGCGGGCGAUGCCGUGCGCGCCGAGAAGGACAUGCGCCGCCGCCGCGAUGUCGCCCGCUCGGGUGUCAGGCCAGCAGACGCAGCCGAGAUGGCUGAGCUGUCCGCGAUCCUGCGAGACGCGCACCGCGCGACGUCGCCGCCGUGGGAGUCGCCCUCGUGGUUCAAGCUUUUCCGCCGCGUGGACGUGAAUGGGUCUGGCCUGAUCUCUUUUGACGAGUUUGCAAAGAUGGUGCGGAGCCUGCUGAAGCUCCCAACGUCCCUGCUCUCCGAGUCGCGCCUCGAGGCGCUCUGGCUCGCCCUCGACGCGGACGGCUCCGGCCUGAUUAGUAGCGGCGAGUUUGGAAAGCUCAUGCGCAUCGGAGCGCCGACGCCGGACUCUGCAUCGGCAUCAAGGCAUUUUGUGUACGGGCGCAACCGGGCAGCGGGCGAUGCCGUGCGCGCCGAGAAGGACAUGCGCCGCCGCCGCGAUGUCGCCCGCUCGGGUGUCAGGCCAGCAGACGCAGCCGAGAUGGCUGAGCUGUCCGCGAUCCUGCGAGACGCGCACCGCGCGACGUCGCCGCCGUGGGAGUCGCCCUCGUGGUUCAAGCUUUUCCGCCGCGUGGACGUGAAUGGGUCUGGCCUGAUCUCUUUUGACGAGUUUGCAAAGAUGGUGCGGAGCCUGCUGAAGCUCCCAACGUCCCUGUUGUCCGAGUCGCGCCUCGAGGCGCUCUGGCUAGCCCUCGACGCGGAUGGCUCUGGCCUGAUUAGUAGCGGUGAGUUUGGAGCCUUCUUCAAGCUGUCGUUGCUCGAGAGCAGGAGCGAGCGCGCCAGUAUCGCCCGACUGCUGAGGUCGCGGCAUUGUGGCGGUGUGGUAGUGUGA